CCUUGUCCUUGGCCACAGCUCCAGUCUAAACAGUCCAAACAGGCUUCGCCCACAUUCCCUGGCUGCUCUCCAGCCCGCAGGAGCUGAGUGAUCUGUGGCUGUGAGGGCUGAGCAGAGGCUGCUGACGGGGAGGAAGCGGCAAGGAGCUGCCGGCCAGAGAGGGCCUGUCCAGCUCCCAGAUGCACGGCGUCCUGGGGAGCACGACCCUCGUGGGCUGGAUUGCAGGCAUCGCUGUGGCCAUCCUGCUGCUGCUGCUGCUGCUGGCCACCUGCCUUUUCCACAGACGGCAGCCCCAGGAUGUGGAGAGGAACCAUCCGACUGCAAGGGGAAACCGAGUCCGUUUGGCCCAGCCUUGGUUCUUCCGGGGCCGGGGCCGGGGCCGGGGCCAUGGAAGACCCUUUCACCACCACCAUCAUCCUGGCCAUGUGUCUCACAUGCCCAGUGUGGGCCCCCAUCACCACCGCCACCACCACCCCCUCCACCAGGCCCACCGAGGCCACCGCUGAUGCCUGUGGACCAGUGGACCCUGAUGUUUUCGUGUAGAGGGAUGCAUCUCUGGAGUGAAUGAGGGGACUGUGACCUGGGUCCUGCUCGGGCUCAUUUGCAUACUAUACUGCAGUGUACUGUGCAUUCGGAGGACUGAGGAACACCUGGCAUGGCCCUGUGGACACUGGAGGGUUUGGGGGUUGAGAGCCAGGGUGGUCCUUUGGGGCUGGACACCCCACCAUUUGACUGUAACUCCCAGUGGCCCUAGAAGUGACAAGGGCGUCUGGACAGAGCCAGCACACAGGCGGAUGUAAAGUCUCACCUUCUGACUUCCUCAUGAGGCAGCUGCAGGCCUCUGGCAGGAGGUAGCUGGGAUGGACUCUAAGAAUGCCCCUGGGUUUGGAGAAGGCAGUAUGGGGCCGCACAGUCAAUUUGUUGGUGCAUUACUGCAAGAAAAUAAAAACCAUAAAGAGGC